CCGCACACCGCUGCCGGCGGCGUCCCCACCACCGGCAGCAAUGAAGUGUCUGUGGCUCAUCUGCAUCGCAGUCGCCCUGGUGGCGCCGGCGCUAGGACAAGAUGGCCGGACGGCGUCGGAGGCGGCGUCUGCAGCUCUCUCCUGGGUCAUGUCGCAGCGUCGGGCGGACGGCGGCUGGGACUCGGAGACGGCCAAGGCUGUGAUCGCCGUCUCCCUGGCCAACUCCAGCGCCCUCACCGGAGUCGAGCGCCAGCUCACGCUCAAGCAGCUCCAGAUCCACUUCCUGGUGGACAUGUGGGGGCGUAAGGACUACCCUCUGACAACGGGCCGGAUCGCCGAGUACGUGCUGGCCUUCUCGAGCCUAUGCCUCGAUGUGCGCAACUUCCACGGCCGAGACCUAACAGCGACCCUGCGCCACCACCCGGGCGUCAUGGACUACGAGUCGGCGUUCGUUGUGCUGGCCACCUGCGCCGCCGAGGCGCCCGUGCGGCGACGCAGCUACAGCAAGCUCAUCGGCGUCACCCAUGACAGUGAAGACCUGCACGGGACAGACACGCUGUCGUUGUCGGUGCUGGCGCUGCGCUGCGUGGCGGACAGCAGCCCCCGCAGCGUCCAGCGUCACCUGGCCGGGCCCCUGCGAGCGCUGGCAACGCGCCAGAACCCGGACGGCGGCUUCGGCAACUUCCACUCGUCGCUGUUGGCCGUGCAGGCGCUACGCGUGGGCAAGGAGCCGGGCUGGAAUGAGUCGGCCGCUGUGGCCUACCUGAUGUCGCACCAGCAGCAGGACGGCUCUUUCGGCAAUCUGUUCGACACGACCCAGGUGCUGCCGGUGCUGGCAGGCCGCUCCCUACUGGACGUCACCGAUACCGACUGUCACCGGCAGGGCGGGGCAGGUGGCGACGGGGCCAGCCCGCCGCCGUCGAGCGCCGCCCCGCCGGCAGCGCCACCUACAGUGAUCCCGCCGCCACCCGAGCUCAUCAAUUUCACUUUCUGGCUCUGGAUCGGGCCGGAAGUAAACAAGACGUUUAGCCAGCAGCUGACAGUGCCGAAAAACACCAGUCUGUUCGACUGCAUGAAGCUGGCGGCUGAGCGGGACAGCAACUUUGAAUUCUCGGCCACAGUCUGGCCCAACGGCCACUACAUCCACACCAUCGGUGGUUACCACGAGCAGAAGGUCGGCUACCUGUUCUGGCUGCUGUACAAGCUCUCGGCACCGCCGGACAAGCUCAGCAAGCCUGCCAACACCGCCCUGUCCGCAACAGGAGUCGACGAUGUCUAUCCGGAGAAUGGAGACCACAUCUUGUUCUGGUACAAGAAGAUAUAACAAACCAAGCUUCCAUUGAGCGGCAUGGGAGAUGUCGUGGACGCCGUAAACGGCCAAGCACGUGCUGCCAUCUGGCAUCAGGAGAAGGAGUCUCAUAGGCUCGUUCCGACUUCCAGUCCGCAGCUUCAGGCUGUGCCCGUUUAUGUAAUGGUCAACACGGGCAGACAAGUUUCGUGCUCCGUGGCGCGCAACAGAUCAGCGGUGCUCGCCAGUGCUCCGUGUUCUCGAUGUUACUGGAAUUUGUGAAUUAUAGAUGUAAGGUAAUGCGAUAGACGGAUCAUUUUUUUUCGCGAGUGCUCGCGAGUGCGAGUGCUUGACGUCGUGAGUGCUGCCAUUUGAACGCCGUCGUAACGUGGUUUCAUUUAACAUGCUUUGUUCCCUCGAGGUGGUAUCGUUUGUUUUUGCGGCCAGAAAUUAAUUGCAGGCUGGUAAAGGGAGACACUUUUCUGACUGAGUUUAAGAGAACAUGAUGUUUUCCUUCCACUGGUGCAGUGUACGACCACUUUGCACUACCUUGGGUUCUGAAGAACAAUGCCAGGACAAUUUUUUUUGUCACACUUAUAGAUAUCCAGAUUCUUAAAACGCAUGCAGCGUUUUUCAAGUGGCAAUUGCGCAAACACAACUGUCAAUCAUUCCGUAAUUUGCUGACAGAUGAACUGAUGGUUGAAAUUGAGCAAUAAUUGCUGUCGGGUUGGCAUUAGUGGCAUAUUUUAGGUACGUGGAUUCACUAAUUCAAUAUUAUCGCGUUCUCAGCAUUGCAACGGAAGGUGUAGCUUACGGUUUGCUCUUUCCUUUACUCUCAUGUUUCGGAAUGGCAGUGAAACUUCUACACGAACACUCGGCGCGUGUGCCUGUUCGGUAAUUCAAGAAAAAGGCGCUGUCGUAUCAUGUUUGAUAUUUUAUUGUGCGGUUAUUCAUAUCACCACUUUAUGGUCCAGUGCGCCACAUAUAAGGACAUCUUUGUUCGGUGACACAACUCAUGUGGCCAAGCCACGGUCCAGGCCGCGGGGUCUUCAAGUACCUAGGGAAAUGUUCCGGCGCAAGCUUUGAUACACGGCCUCCUCGAUCAUCGGCAGUGUUUUACAACACCACACGCAGGUUCACAGUGGCGACCACGCAAUGUACUGUGGUCGCUCAUGCACUCUAGCCGCUUGAAAUAAGCCGGGAAUUGAAAGCAAAACAGAGCUGAAAUAAAAGGUUUCUUUUUAAAUAUGGUGACGAUAUCGUUAUUUAAAAUAGCGAUACGUUAUUUUUUUUAAAUAUCAUAUCACACGCCAGCAUCUGCUGGUAAAGACGUGCCCAUGCAACGGCAUUGCCUUGCCGAGGUUGCAGCGUGAGGGCUUCCGUGGCAAUUCACGCUUACCAAGGGCCUUGAUCACAGAACACUUCCGGCAUGAUAUACCAGAUUUCAAAAAUGACUUUUUAACACAUAAAUCUGGAGCAGGAGCUAACGCGAAAUUUUUACUGAGUAUGGACCUCGUCUUUUAGUUUUGUGAGACAUCGGAGUAGGGUGGUCCAAGGUGGGUUUCUGACUUCGAACUGUAUUGGGGAGCCGUGCGAGUGAGCAUUGAGUUGUGUCUGUGCCGUUCACUUGAGCGCACAGACACACUGUCACCAUCCCACCGAAAUAUUCAGUUAGGCCCUGAAGUCGGACUACCGGACGGUCAGCCAAAAUGCCGAGGCCCUGGAACAGCUGCGCUCCAGCACGGCGAGUCGGCGCAACAUGGCGUCGACGUGCUGUUAAGCACCAAACUAUCAGCGUGGCGCGUAAAGGGUAUUGUGGGGCUCCCGCGAGGAUGGGUCAGUGCGUUUGACAGCCCACACCCAGGCGCUGUUCGGGAGACAUUGGUCGGCCGUCAGCCGCAUCAAUCUCGUUGUCAGCGGUGGGUGCAUUGUCGUAAACGGUCUGUCCUGCUGGGUGUGGCGAGGCAGGAAAGCCGGUGUACUGUGUAGAGUGCGAGAGGGACUUCAGGUGUGUUCGACGGUGUCAACUCACUGUUCCACUCUGGUUUGGUGUUAGUACUGUCAAUACAGCUAACUUUGGUUUUGA